CCGCCUUCUUCGCUCACACACAGGAGAGGACGGAGCUGACACCAUCAGAACCGGACACGGCUGCGGUAGAUUCGGGCACAGCGGGAUAUCUCUAUCGGACCUUUUCUAGGACAACGAUCUGAAAUGACAGCGAUCUGAUCCUUUCUUCUUCUGUCUUCGCCUCAUUUGAUCUUCGGCUCCUUCUGUAUCCGCUGCUUUCAGGUCUGAGCAGGAUCCAGGACCACUUGUCUUUGUAGAACAGAGAUUCCCGUCUUCCACCAUGAAUCCGGUUUAUAGCCCUGUCCAGCCAGGGGCUCCCUACGGAAAUCCAAAAAACAUGACCUAUGCAGGUUACCCUGCAGGAUACCCCACAGCUGCCCCUACCUAUAAUCCCAACAUGUAUGCCACCAGCAGCCCAGGCUAUGCCCCAGCGACCCUCCUGAUGAAACAAGCGUGGCCGCAGACUCCUUCUUCGUCCUGUGCCAACGAGGGCACGUUCCACCUUCCUGUCGAUUCUGGGACCGAGAACAGGACUUAUCAAGCUUCUUCUGCCGCAUUCAGGUACACCGCCGGAACCCCAUACAAAGUCCCACCUGCCCAGAGUAAUAGUGCCCCACCACCAUACUCUCCAUCUCCAAACCCCUACCAGACAGCAAUGUACCCCAUCAGAAGUGCCUACCCUCAGCAGAAUUUAUAUGCCCAGGGUGCGUACUACACCCAGCCUGUGUAUGCGGCACAACCCCACGUCAUCCACCACACCACUGUGGUCCAGCCAAACAGCAUUCCUUCUGCAAUCUACCCCGCCCCUGUAGCUGCACCGCGAAGCAAUGGAGUCACUAUGGGAAUGGUCGCUGGGACUACCAUGGCCAUGUCAGCAGGUACAUUGCUGACCACACCUCAGCACACCGCCAUAGGAGCACACCCCGUCUCUGUGCCAACCUACAGAGCCCAAGGGACCCCAGCUUACAGCUACGUACCCCCCCACUGGUAAACCUGCUGGCCUGUCCGUGUCCGGAGUAAAACCUUGUAUGCAAACUGCUCAAGUCUUACAUCGGUGCUGGAACAACCGGCCGACGGCACCAAGUUUGUCUACAUGAACAAAACGACGAAACACAAAAGUGCAACGGUCACUUUAACUAAUCUUUAGUGUUUUUUUUUGUUUAGUUUUUUUUAAGUUUUUUUGAAAAAAGCUGCUUUUUCUGUAACCUCUUUGGUUUUUCCCACACACCACCGCAGGCACAGCGUCUCCUCCACCAUUUAUCUAGACGCUCGUGCCGUCACAGGUUCCUCCACCUUAACCAUCGUCGUAACUUUGUUUUCAUCGAAGUCAUUUUAUUACACUAGACAUUUCAAAUAUUUUUUUUAUUUCUCCAAGAAUCCUUUCAUUAAAAAAAAAAAAACUGUCUUCCAAAAGCUAGAAUUAUGUCUAAACGAUAACAGCAUUGAGAACAGUUUAGUUUUUUUUUGUUUAGUUUUUUGUGAUGGUUGUCAUAAGAAAACUGCAAUUUUUUUUUUUUUUGUGGUUUUUAAACGUGCAACGAAUUUCAAGGCUGCUAUACUAGUUUUUUUCAUGUGGAAAAACUAUCGGUAUUAUAAUAAGAAGUUGUGUAAUAGCCACCAGUUUGUGUAAAAGCACAAAAACACCUUCGUGUCUGUUAUUUCAUCGUUUUUUUUUGUUUUUUUGGAGGGCGUAAAAAUCGCUAUAGGGAGACUUCUACACUACCACAAAUGUGCUGGGCAACCAGACAAUCACAAAUACACCCGCACCACUACUAAGUACCCGACAUCUGGCGAUGACGGCGGGCGCCAGGGGCCGCUCACGGUCAGGUUUUAUUCUAGUUAUGACAUGUUGUAUUUGUGAGACGUGUUGCAGUAGAAAGCCUGAGUGUUCUGUAGAUAGAACAAUACAGUUUGCAUGUGUUUUUAGGCAUUGAAGAUUAUUUAGUCAUAAACCGCUAGUCCUCGGCAGCGCACCGGGGGGGGGAGGAGAAAAGACAUUUUUUUCGAAAAAACGACUUCUCCUCACAUCACCGGACUUGACGGUCACACGUUUUGAUAUUUGCCUAAUCUACAGAUAAGCAAGUAUACAAAGCCUUAGUCUACGCCGUAUUAUUAGCCGGUUCCCGACUGUAGCCCAGUAUUUAUUUAGCAACGUCUUGUACGUGACUCCGCCCUCUGUCCCUCCCCUAGCGCACAGUCACUCUGUUACCUCAGCUUUGCACUGGAUUUCCUAGACAUCAGAAUCGUAGAACCUCACAUCCCAACUGAGCAAUUCUGCAGUGAUUAUUAUAUAUAUUUUUUGUUUAUAUAUUUUAGCACUGGGAAACAAAGCAAUAUAUUUCAUAAUUGAAAGGAAUCAUCUAGCAGGAUUACUAUUUUUUAAUAAAAGGUAGAAUAAAAAAGAAGCAUUACUCACCUCUCUGAUCUCCUGCAUUGACUACCCAAGUCUCCACUUCCUGCUUUUGGCUCAUCAUUCUGAAAAUGCUAGCUCAGCCAAUCAGUGCCUGCCGUGGUAACCCGCCUCAGCCAGUGAUUGGCUGAGCAGCCAUUUCCUGUAUGUUGAGUGAGGAGCAGGAAGUGGAGACCCAGUAAGCAUCGUAGGGGAUCAGCGAGGUGAGUAAUGUUUUUUUUGUAACCCAUUCUGCCCCAUAUAUAUCUAAAAUAAAUUUUUUAAUCCCUCUGGAUGACCCUUUAGUGUAGAGCAGUGAUUUGUGCUGCAAAACGACAACUCCCAACAGGUUUUGCAGUGUGGAGGUGCAGACCAGAAUCCCAUCAAGAUUCACAGCUCUGGAUGUAACUGGAGCAUAAUGUAUGAUGGUGAAAUUGGUCAAAACCGGUAGCUAGAAAUUUACUGCAGUGCUAUGGUUGUGGAUUCAAGUCCACCCAUGGGCACCUGCAAGGAGUUUGUAUGUUCUUUGCAUGUUCUUAGGAAUUUCCUUCAGGUAUCUCCCCCCGCCCCCCCAACCAUCAAAAACAUCUUGGUAAGUUUAUCAGCUUCCAGUGAAAUUGACCUUGAGAGGGACACUUACCUUUUAUAAUAGGUCAUUAGAUCUUGGGUUGUCAGUGACAACAACCCUCGUCAUUUGUAAAUUGCAUGUAUGUAAUAUCAGGAAGCUGAUGCUUCCCUUCACACUGGCGGCCAUGUUUGGGGGGGUUGCCGGCGCAGGUGACUGUGGCUAUAAUGGGACGGCCUGGAGGAAGGUGUCGCAGGAACAUAGGCAGAAUUUGCAUUGGUCCUGGGAACAGGCAGUGACAUAAUAGCAAUAAAUUCUUGCAUUUCACCUGUUCAGAUUCUCCCAGCUGGAAAGGUACUGUAGACGUACGCACAAACUUUUGCAAAGGUACAUGAGUUCAUAAAAAUCAAGGUGUUGCGUGUAAAGGGAUCGGGGAUAAAGCAAUACAUUAUGUGGGCACCGCAAGAAGUUUUUUUUUUUGUUUCCUCUUUAGUUUCUAAAUGUAGGAUUAAAUUAGUGGAUUUUCCCAAAAAUGUAAAAAAAUGCCUAAAUAUAACCUCUAUCUAUAAGC